AACUUGUGGGGACAGAGAGCCGCGAUCAGUCCGCGUUCGCCCAGUCCAGGAUUGUCAGACAGGUCUAGGCUGGUAAGGGCCGGGAAGGCGCGAACCUGUUCGCAGGAAAAGGCAGGCGGGUGUGCUUGGGCAAUGCUCAGUACCUUGAGGCCUGGCUUGAGCCACUGCUGCAGCUCGGCGAGCCAGGAACGCCCUGUCGCCCAGGACACGUUGCGUAGGCGCAAGCUGGAGAGUGCAAGUCCUGUGGCUUCCAGAGGCAGCGGAGGCAUGGUGCCGGUUAUCUUUAGGUCCUCGAGCGUCAAUUCCUUGAGGCGGGAGUACGCUAGCACACGCAGGGCGCCUACCAGUAGCUGAGCAGGAACCUGUGCGGCUCCCACUGUGAGCCGCCGCACGCGGAGAGCCUUGACCGUGUCAGCAUACUGCCGCGGGUCGGCGUCCGCAUCGACGCGCUUUAGAAACGGCUCUAGGUUGAGACCGCCGGCACGGAUCUCCACCUCUACUGCAGACACACACUGGAAGGCUUCGGACCAGUCGGGCUGAGGUUCGGAGAAGUUACAGACGCAGCGGAAAUCUUCAUCGUCCAGCUCACAAGGUUCUGGCGUGGUCGCAGAGACGUGCACCAGCGGCAGCAGCAGCAGCAACAAGCAGGACGCGCGCUCCUGGGGAGAGAGCAGAGGUGUAGGAGGCCCCAUCCGACCCCUGUGGCUCCCGAGUGGCACGCGUUCGACCCCAAGACCCUAUACUCACCAUGGUCGAUGAGUCCUCCGAACCUCUGAGCUCCGGACAGGCUCUGGAAGUGCUUUAGCUUCUUUCCUACACAGCGGCACCCGCUGGCUUCCAGGCUUCACACUUGUGAACUGUUCGGCCGCUUCUAAGAGUUUAUGUAAUCCUGGGAUGUCAUUCACUUCCCUCCUCUGUGAACCCUGACCACCUCCCCACCUCUCUUCCUCCGAGCCAGCCCCCUUCCUUUCUUGGAAAUAUUGCAAUGAAAGAUGUUUCAGGGAGGGGGGACGUAACAGGAAGGAUCCUGCAGGGCAUCUAGGGUUCUGUGUCUCCUGGCAGUGUCCUGAUGACUCAGGCGCCCCAGGCGGUGAAUGCCCUGGAUGACUCGGACGCCUGAGGCUUCUCUGGUGGGUAUGGGAAAAGGAUGAUCCUCAGUGCCUUAGGCCAGUACCAUACUCUGCACUAUCCAACCCCCCAAUCCCCCCACCUUAUAUCCCAGGAAUAACGCUCAAAAUCCUAAGGGAAAUUGAACACUCGAACAAAGGAUUAUUAGCAAAGCAAUUUUACUUCUGCGCAGAGCGGUGUCUGCUUGGCCAGUCGCCAUGAGAGCACACCUGAACAAAGGGGCACAAGAGCCUUUAUUCCUGACGCAAGUCCUGCCCCUGUACCCUUUCCCCAUUGGCCGGGGUCGGGUCAUACAAUCUAAACUAAUCCCGGUCGGCUAAACAUUUGAUUUUUUUAGGUAAUGUGGGCAGGUAAAAGAAAGUGGAGAGGAAAGGGGAAGGGGUGCCUGUAAUGAACUAGAAAGUUAGUCCUCUUUCCAAAUAAGGAAAGGAAUGUGAGCUGGUUCUGAUAAAGUCUGGUACUGUGGCGUGCCUCGGCAUCUAACGAAGGCAAAAAGGAGAAAAAGGAAAACAAAAGUGUUUGGGGGUUGGGGGGAGUACUAUGAAUUAAAGAAUAAAAGAUUGAUCUAAUUAUUUGAAGAGAAACCUCAUCAUAUCCCAGAUUUCUUUCUUUUUUUUUUUUUUUUUGAGACGGAGUUUCGCUCUUGUACCCCAGGCAAUGGGGCGCGAUCUCGGCCCACUGCAAUCUCCGCCUCCCGGGUUCAAACGAUUCUCCUGCCUCAGGCUCCCGAGUAGCUGGGAUUACAGGCACCCACCACUACGCCCGGCUAAUUUUUGUAUUUUUAGUAAACAUGGGGUUUCACCAUGUUGGCCAGGCUGGUCUCAAAUUCCUGACCUCAGUUGAUCCACCCGCCCCGGCCUCCCAAAGUGCUCGGAUUACAGGCGUGAGCCACCAGGCCCGGCCCAACCAGUGUAUUUCUUGAAUGAAUUGAAGUCUCAUAUCUCCCUAAAAUAUGUAAAACCAAGCUGUACCGGACCACCUUGGGCACAUGUUCUCAGGACCUCCCGAGGGCUGUGUCAAGGGCCAUGGUCACUCAUAUUUGGCUCAGAAUAAGUCUUUUCAAAUAUUUUACAGAGUUGGACUCUUUUCGUUGACAAUUCAAUGACGCUUCAAGCGUUUUUGGCAGCUCUCAUCAGUGAGAUCCACAUUAAUGGUGAAACGGCAUCGUGGCGCUUCCUGGAGUUCGGGGUUGUUUUGAACGUUCAUCUAGAGCCUAUUGUGGGUGGGGAAGUUGUGUUUGCUGAGUAGAUUGUGACACUGCUGGCUUGGGGCACUCGAGGUCAGGGAUGAGAGACUUUUUUCCCUAGAAUUGUUAAAACAGGAAAUCAAUCAGAGGCAGAGCGGCGCCUCUGGCUCUGGUCUGGUGUUGCAGAGUCUCUAGCCCUCGCCCCGCCCACCGUCCCCGCGAGGCGUCCACUCGUCGAGCCCCGCCCUCACCCAGCACCCACCCGGCUCCUCGCGCCCUCCCCGCCUGGUCCCGCCCUGUGCUGAGGCUGCGCAGUCGGUGCCAUCUUCUACGCCCCUGGGAGCGUUGUGGCCGCUGUUUCCUUCGGCUUUCCUCCUCCUCCACCAUGUGGAGCCGACGUCAGGGCCGCCUCAGGCCCACGGUCUGCGGGGUGGAGGAGCUACGGCGCCGCCGGCGGGAGCGGGAGGCAGCACUGCGGAAGGCGCGGAGGGAGCAGCAGCUGGUCAGCAAGAGGCUGCUGAGAGACGACACCCCAGAGGAAGCUGGAGAGGGAUGUGUGGCUGCGAUCCUCGGGGAAACCGAGGUGCAGCAGUUCCUGCGGCAAGCCCAGCGGGGGACAGAGGAAAAGGAGAGAGAGGGGGCUCUGGUCAGCCUUCGUCGAGGCUUGCAACACCCUGAAACACAGCAAACCUUCAUCCGGCUGGAGGGCAGCAUGCGGACCCUGGUCGGGCUCCUGACCAGCAACCAGGCCCUGCUGCAGCUUGAGGCGGCUCGGUGCCUGCAUGAGCUCUCUCACUCCGAGCAGUCCACCGUUGCUGAGGCCUGCCUGCCAGCCACUUCCUACCUCCUCACCUACCUCUCCGGUCACAGCUCAGACUUCAUAGAGCUGUGUCUGUAUACACUGGGUAACCUGAUCGUGGAGAGUGAGGCUGUGAGAAGGCAGCUCCUGCCACAGGGCAUUGUUCCAGCCUUGGCUGCCUGCAUCCAGUCCCCCCAUGUGGCUGUGCUGGAAGCUCUCGGAUAUGCCUUGUCCCAGCUUCUACAGGCUGAGGAAGCUCCAGAGAAGAUCAUUCCCCCUGCUUCUGCCAGCAGCUCCAUCUUGGCCUCCACUCUCCCUCAGCACAUGCUACAAAUGUUGCAACCUGGCCCAAAGCUGAACCCUGGGGUCGCUGUGGAGUUUGCCUGGUGCCUUCAUUACAUCAUCUGCAGCCAGGUCAGCAAUCCUCUGCUCAUUGGCCAUGGGGCUCUGUCUACUCUGGGGUUGCUGCUGUUGGACUUGGCUGGGGCUGUCCAGAGAACUGAGGAUGCAGGACUGGAGCUGCUGGCAUGCCCCGUGCUUCGAUGUCUAAGCAACCUGCUAACUGAGGCAGCAGUGGAGACUGUGGGAGGGCAAAUGCAGCUCAGAGAUGAGCGUGUUGUGGCAGCCUUAUUUAUCCUUCUGCAGUUCUUUUUCCAGAAACAGCCCAGUCUGCUCCCUGAGGGCCUCUGGCUCCUCAACAACCUCACUGCAAUCAGUCCUAGUUUCUGUACCUCCUUGCUCUCCCUGGAUCUGAUUGAGCCUCUCUUACAGCUGUUGCCAGUAUCUAAUGUGGUGAGCGUAAUGGUGCUCACAGUUCUGUGCAAUGUUGCAGAAAAGGGUCCUGCUUACUGCCAGCGGCUGUGGCCAGGGCCCCUGCUUCCCGCCUUGCUGCACACACUAGCCUUUUCUGACACUGAAGUAGUAGGCCAGAGUUUGGAGCUGCUGCAUCUGCUGUUCCUGUAUCAGCCAGAGGCUGUUCAGGUCUUCCUGCAGCAGUCAGGGCUGCAGGCCCUGGAAAGGCAUCAGGAAGAGGCCCAGCUCCAGGAUCGUGUGUAUGCUGUCCAGCAGACAGCUCUUCAAGGGUGAUCUUGUUUCUCAAUGUCAGUCAUUCCCCUCUCUAACAUCAAGCUUGUUUGUCCAGUAGAGCUUUUGGAGAUUUAGGACCAUAAUGAGGUCUCAUGUUCUCUGCUCCCACACCUAAGCCAAGACCUUUGGGUCCCAGCUCCUCCUCUUUGACUCAGCACUAUCUAGGCAGGAGGACCAAAAGGGACUCAGUGUGGUCUACUUACUCUGGGGCCCUAGAAUCCCUGCCCCAACCCUUCAUUUUUCCUUCAGCAGCUGGUAGCUUUUGAUGAGACAGAAUAAAGUUUUAUUUUUAUAUUAA